AUGGCAACUUCUGAAAAGGAUGUUUUCCAUCGGAAUAAACACGUCAAAUUUUUCCAGCGAUGUCUACAGGUUCUGCCCGAGAGAUACGCAUCUUUGGAUACAAGCAGGAUGACUGUGGCAUUCUUUGCCAUAUCCGGACUAGACAUACUGAAUGCUAUGGAGGUCCUGGACAAGGAUAAACCAGACAUUAUUGAGUGGAUUUAUUCACAGCAAGUUCUUCCAGACAACAAAGAUUCCAACAUUGGCAUGUGUGGUUUUCGGGGUUCAUCUACAAUUGGAAAUGCCUUUGAUUAUAGAGAGGCUCAGCACACUGUCAUCCCGUAUGACAGUGGUCACAUUGCCAUGACAUACACAGCCUUAGCCAUGCUGCUCAUACUCGGGGAUGACCUGUCCAGGGUCAACAAAAGGGCUGUGGUGGAGGGACUGAAAAGCCUACAGCUACCUGAUGGCAGUUUCUGCCCAGUUCCUGAAGGCAGCGAAAACGACAUGAGAUUUGUGUACUGUGCAUGUUGUAUCAGUUACAUGAUUGCUGACUGGUCUGGGGUGAACAGAGACAAAGUAAAGAAGUAUGUCAAGAACAGUCUGUCUUAUGAUGGAGGCAUUGGUCAAGGUCCCGGGUUGGAGGCGCAUGGGGGCUCAACAUUCUGUGCUAUAGCUUCACUAAUACUGAUGGAUGAGUUGGAGAAUACAUUUACUCCAAAAGACUUGAAGAGAAUAAAAACCUGGUGUAUUCUGCGGCAGCGAUCCGGCUUCCAUGGCCGACCAAACAAACCAGUUGACACCUGUUACUCUUUUUGGGUGGCAGCCACACUGCAGCUUUUAGGCCUAUUUUCUCUGACAGACUUCAGCUCUAACAGAACUUACAUACUGUCUACCGAGGGUCAUAUCACAGGGGGAUUCUCCAAGUGGCCAGAUCAUAGCCCGGAUGCCCUUCACACUUACUUCGGGAUAUGUGGCUUGUCACUGCUGAGGGAGUCAGGACUAAACCAGGUUCAUGCAGCCCUCAAUCUCAGCCAGCGGGCAGCCGAUCAUCUCAAUAAUAUUCACAGGCAGUGGGGGGAGAAGCCAUCCUGAGGGAGAAGAAAUACCUGUGUCUUGAGGGUCACGGAGCAGGCCACCGUAGGCAUACUGACACCACUGCAUGUGACAGGUCUCCAGAAGCCAUGUGCCAUUCCUGAACUUACAAAAAAGUUUGUAGUGGUUAACAGAUAUCAAGUUGAAGACUGAGUGUGAGGAAAGCUUUGCUGUGGUUGACAUAUGAGGUGAAAGAUUGAGUGUGAGGAAAACUUUUCUGUGGUUGACAGAUGAGGUUAAAGAUUGAGUUUGACGAAAACCAUAAUAUGGUUAACAACUAUGAGGUUUAGGUGUUGCGUGUGAGGGAAACCUUUCUGUGGUUAUGAUUAGAAAAUACCACAUCACUCCAAAUGAUUGACUACUGUCCGACUUAAAAGUCGGUUUACAUGUAAAAGUAUAAAGUGAAAUGUAAACAUUAUAAAUAUUUUGGGGACUAACCAUUGAACAGUUUUGAAGAAGAAAUAAUCAGAUAGGCCAAAUUUUUCCUUUUUGUCAUGUGCUGAGAACAAAGAGACCAAUUUCUUGGAAUUUACAUACUCAAUCAAUACCAUUGUCAGCUAUAUCAUGCAGUUUUGUGCUACAGUAUGUAAGAGCUCUGUGUCUUAUGAAAAAUAAACCUGGCCUAUCCCAAACGAAAUGUAAAACAAAUGACCACAAAAUGUUAAAUGAUAUUUUUUUAAUAGGAUGACUUUGGUAUGUUGUGAUGUCAACAUGUUUGUUUGUUUGUUGUGCUCUUGUUUGAUACUUGAGGUGCACUAGUUUAAUCUUGAUUAAACUGUCCUGUCCACAAGUAAUUCACAAUGUUUGUAUGAUAGUGCAAAAUUGUGACAGUUAUUUUUGUGAAAAAAGCCAAAACAGUAUACUGUGCUGAUGUCCCCAGGAUAUCUGGGUGUGUGGGAAACUGUCAUUGCUGAAAGAUUGUCAAGCCAGAGUUGUAGUCCCAGACUGACACUCUCCAAGGCCACCCAGCUAACCAGCUGAUCACAACACUAUGACAGAGGAUGCCUAUCCAUGACUGAUCACAACACUAUGACAGAGGAUGCCUACCCAUGACUGAUCACAACACUAUGACAGAGGAUGCCUACCCAUGACUGAUCUCAACACUAUGACAGAGGAUGCCUAUCCAUGACUGAUCACUGGGCUGGUGUGUCGUUCACAUAAGUACACACUUGUAACAACUAUAACAGAUCACAUAUACCUUUGUCUUGAGCAUAGCUUCACCAGAAGAAGAAAACAAAAAAUAAAUCUCUAAUAAAUAAUGAAUGUUUGUCCAUAAAAUGUAUUUUACACUUUUCAUUUGUUUAUUUAUUUAUUUGAUUGGUGUUUUACACCAAGAAUAUUUCAUUUAUACGACAGCGACCAGCAUUAUGGUGGGAAGAAAGCGGGCAGAGCCCGGGGGAAGCCCACAACCCACCGCAGACUGCUGGCAGACCUUUGCAUGAAUGGCCAGAGAGGAAGCCAGCAUGAGCUGGACUUGAACUCACAGUGAUCGCAUUGGUCAGAGGCUCCUUGGUCAUUAAAUUGCACUAGCUAACCAACUGAACAAGAAAGGCCCCCACUUUUCAUGUAACUGAUAUAUAUUUACUAAUAAUGAAAAACACAGGUACAAGUA